GAUGCUCUCUCUGUCAUGUUGACCAUCUAAAAGAAACAAGCAAAAUACUAAAGCAGCCCCGCCUGAACUCUCUCUCUCCCUUCCUCCGCCGUGGAUCACAGCAGCAAAUUGAGAUUAAAAAUUUUUGAUAUUGGUUUAGUGUAGUAGCUAGAUCAGAUAGUGCCUUCCCCAUGUUUGAACUGAAUCAAAGAUGAGAGGACCCCAAAGCCCCAUUGAGCCCAGGCACCGACUCUCUACUUCAACAAGUGAAGAAUCUAACAAAAGAAAGCCUCAAAGAAGUAAAGCUUUUAAAGAUGUUGCAAGGGCCCUCCGUAUUUCCGUCCAAGAUAGGAAUUUAAAUUGCAAACCUACAUUGAAACUUGUGUUGGUGGUUAUUGUCUUGGGAGCCUUUUUGACGUUCUUCCACUCUCCAGCAAUUCAUAAUACAGAUCAUUUAUCCAAUUCUGUGUCUCGGGAAACUUUUGUAGACAGCUGGAUAAGAGACAGUGCUGCUACACAAUAUGUAUCAGUUUUAGAAAUUGACUGGGAUCAAAUUGAAAAAAUUAUUGAGAAGCUAAUUGAUAGGAAUGAGUAUCAGGGACUUGGCUUGUUAAACUUUAAUGAAAGUGAGAUUGAUCACUGGAAGCAGCUGAUACCGGAUGCUGAGCAUGUUAAUCUGCACCUGGACUAUGUGUCAAGCAACAUAACAUGGGAAUCCUUAUAUCCCGAAUGGAUAGAUGAAGAAGAAGAAUUUGAGGUUCCUACUUGUCCUUCUCUACCCAGGAUUAAAGUUCCUGGAAAACCACGGAUUGAUCUUGUUGCAGUCAAACUUCCCUGCAACAAGUCAGGGAGCUGGUCCAGAGAUGUGGCUCGUUUUCACUUGCAGCUUGAAGCGGCAAGGAUUGCUGCCUCUUCCAAAGGGAAUCAUCCAGUGCGUGUGCUUAUUGUGUCUGAUUGCUUCCCAAUCCCAAAUCUCUUCAAUUGCAAGGAACUUCUCACACAUGAAGGGAAUGUGUGGCUCUUUCAACCCAACCUGAAUACAUUGAGAAAUAAGCUGCAGCUUCCAGUUGGGUCAUGUGAACUUGCAGUUCCUCUCAAGGCUAAAGAAAACUUUUACUCAGAAAGAGCACACCGAGAAGCAUAUGCCACAAUCCUGCAUUCUGCGCAUGUAUAUGUUUGUGGGGCUAUCACUGCAGCUCAGAGUAUCCGCAUGGCUGGUUCAACACGAGAUCUUGUGAUACUUGUUGAUGAAACAAUUAGUGAAUAUCACAGAGGAGGAUUGGAGGCUGCUGGGUGGAAGAUCCAUACAAUUCAAAGGAUCAGGAACCCAAAAGCUGAAAAGGAUGCAUAUAAUGAAUGGAACUACAGCAAAUUCCGUCUUUGGCAGUUGACAGAUUAUGACAAGAUCAUUUUCAUCGAUGCUGACCUGCUCAUUCUAAGGAAUAUCGAUUUCCUGUUUGAGAUGCCAGAAAUAACUGCCAUAGGAAAUAAUGCUACUCUGUUCAACUCAGGAGUUAUGGUGGUUGAACCAUCAAAUUGUACAUUCCGGCUGCUAAUGGAUCACAUCAAUGAGUUUGUGUCCUAUAACGGUGGGGACCAGGGGUAUCUGAAUGAAGUCUUCACAUGGUGGCACCGGAUUCCCAAACAUAUGAACUUCUUGAAGCACUUCUGGGAAGGCGAUGAGGUGGAGAAGAAGGAGAUGAAAACUCGUCUCUUUGGGGCUGAUCCUCCAAUCCUUUAUGUCAUCCAUUACCUGGGUAACAAGCCAUGGCUUUGCUUCCGGGACUAUGACUGCAACUGGAAUGUGGACAUUUUGCAGGAGUUCGCCAGUGACGUUGCACAUAAAAGGUGGUGGCAGGUGCAUGAUGCCAUGCCAAAAAAUUUGCAGAAGUUUUGUUUGCUCAGGUCUAAGCAAAAGGCGGCAUUGGAAUGGGAUCGGAGGCAAGCGGAGAAAGGGAAUUACACCGAUGGUCAUUGGAAAAUUAAGAUAAAAGACAAGCGUUUAAAGACAUGUUUUGAGGAUUUCUGCUUCUGGGAGAGCAUGUUAUGGCACUGGGGUGAAGCGAAUUGGACAGAUAAUGCUACUGUUGCUCCAGCCCCACCUGCAAUUACUACCAAAUCUCUAUCUUCUUUGUGACUUAUACUUGUUUUUCCUCAUACUUCAACAUCUUUUACUUUUAGUUCAAGAAAUAUCAGGUUUAUUGACUAUCAUCAUCAUGUAUUUCAUUUUAUACAAAUUCUUUUAUAGUA